CAGCCGGCCGGCGCGGCGCAGUUUGAUAAUGAGUGUCAUACUUCGCAGUCAUUUUAUCAAUUUUAUUUCUUGUUUGGAAGAGCUGCUUAGUUCUUCCUUUUGAGUCCCAUCCCAGUGGGAGAUAAUUUAUUAUCAUUAUCCUUCUCUAGCUGGCAAAGAAUUAAAACUUGUGCUUAUUUCGAUUCCAUUAAUUUUUAAGAUGUCACGUCUCGAUAUAGUGGUGUUUGGGGCCACAGGCUUCACCGGCAAGAAGGCAGUUGAAGAGUUAGUCCGUGUUGCCAAGAAGUAUCCAGGACUGACAUGGGGAGUGGCUGGCCGCUCACAGUCCAAGUUGGAGACCCUCAUGGCUGAUAUUGGAAAAUUGACUGGUGAAAACCUCUCCAGCAUCAAGAUCAUAGUAGCCGACGUGUCCGACGAAGAGUCCAUCAAGCACAUGUGCGAGCAGGCGCGAGUGAUUGCCAACUGUUGCGGCCCGUACAAGUUGUAUGGCGAGCCAGUGGUCAAGGCAGCGGUCGCUACUAAGACGCAUGUGGUCGACGUUAGUGGGGAGCCGUUUUUCAUCGAAUCAAUGCAACUGAAAUACGACCAGGCUGCACGAGAGGCGGGCGUGUACAUCGUGAGCGCGUGCGGCUUCGAUAGCAUCCCCAACGACAUGGGACUCGUUUACAUGCAGCAGAAGUUCGACGGGACUCUGAACUCCGUGGAAUCUUACCUAAGCUCGGAAGUGGCGCCGGAAUACAGCAGUGAAGUUACCAAGAACGGCAUCAUACACUACGGCACUUGGGAAUCUCUUGUGAACGGAAUUUGCAGCCGCAAUAAGUUACCCGCACUACGGAAACAGCUGUACCCGGACCGUUUGCCGAGCUUCAAGCCGAAGUUGCAUCCCCGUGGCAUCGUCCACAAGCACGACGGCGCGUACUGCCUCCCGUUCCCUGGCUCGGACGCGUCCAUCGUGUACCGCACACAGCGCCACAUGUACGAGGUGGACCACAAGCGCCCGGUCCAGUUCAAGCCCUACUUCAAACUGCCCUCGCUCUUCGCCACCAUACUCACCUCCAUCGUGGCCACGUUCCUGCUCCUCAUGGCCAAGUUCUCGCUGACCAGGAUGCUGCUCCUGAAGUACCCGAGGCUGUUCUCGGCGGGCAUGGUGACGCACGAGGGCCCGACGGACAACGUGAUGAACAACACGUCGUUCAUGUUCGAGUUGUAUGGCGAGGGGUGGGAGAAGGGCGCCGAUGUGGAAGCGACCAAGCCGACUAAGAAAGCUGUAGUCAGGGUGAAAGGCGUGAACCCUGGCUACGGAGCAACAGUCACCGCACUAAUCUAUUCGGCCGUCACCUGCCUUAAAGAACAUGACAAGAUGCCUGGCAGUGGCGGAGUAUUGACUACGGGAAUCGCAUUCGCCAAAACCGAUCUCAUCAAGAACCUCAACGAAAAUAACCUCACGUUUGAGUAUGUUCAAAAUUAAUGUUACCGUUAAUUUUUAAGUUACCUUUUAAAUACCAGUUUAUCAUAGUAGUGGUCCAUGAUCAAUAUGAUCAUAUUGGCCAAUGUAAUGGAACAUUGCGUUUAAUAAUUACAGUUACCUAUAUAUGCCUUUAUUUUUGUUUGUAGUAUUUGCAGAUUUUAUAUUGAUGUUAGCUUCAUGUAUUACGAAUUACGAUAGAAAGUCAAACUAUUGCAACUUACAACUAGUAUAACUAACUUUAUUUUACGAUAAGUUUGUUACUAUUUUACUCGAUAAUAUGUACAACCAAGCAUUUACCAAAUAGUAGGUACAAACAUGCACUUACCAACUUAAUAGUUUAUAGAGCUUAUUCAGCUUAAUGUUAUCGAUAGUACAACCAAGCAUUUACCAAAUAGUAGGUACAAACAUGCACUUACCAACUUAAUAGUUUAUAGAGCUUAUUCAGCUUAAUGUUAUCGAUAGUACAACCAAGCAUUUACCAAAUAGUAGGUACAAACAUGCACUUACCAACUUAAUAGUUUAUAGAGCUUAUUCAGCUUAAUGUUAUCGAUAGUACAACCAAGCAUUUACCAAAUAGUAGGUACAAACAUGCACUUACCAACUUAAUAGUUUAUAGAGCUUAUUCAGCUUAAUGUUAUCGAUAGUACAACCAAGCAUUUACCAAAUAGAAGGUACAAACAUGCACUUACCAACUUAAUAGUUUAUAGAGCUUAUUCAGUUUAAUGUUAUCGAUAGUACAACCAAGCAUUUACCAAAACAAAGUUAUCGUUUUUAAUAGAUAUAAAAGAUACAUUAUUUUAUGCUUAAGUAACCAUUGUUUGUGUCAUAAUUGUAACUAAUCAAAUGUGAUAUCUACAUGCAUUAAGGUAAAGGGCAUUUAAUAAACAUUAAAAGAUAUAAGA